AUGAAAAAGCUAAGUGUGUAUUUCUACAUACCGAAUAUCAUUGGCUACAUCCGAGUGAUACUAGCUCUGUGGGGGUUCAUGAUAUGUCGGAAGAACUUAAUUCUGUUUGCCGUUCUUUACGGCACGAGCCAAUUGCUAGAUGCCUUCGAUGGGUGGACGGCGAGGAAGUUUAAUCAAACCUCCGUCUUCGGCCAAAUAUUAGAUCAAAUCACGGACAGACUGUCUACAACCCUGCUGUACCUCCUCAAUGGAAACGCCUACGAUGAGUACAUUAUUGGUAAGCUAUCCGAAGCGAACGUGAGGAGCGAAACUGCCUAG